AUGGCGACCCAAGCAGCGCUGAUUGCCGACACGAUCGUGGGUAUGAAGCGUGCUCUUCGCAGAGAACGCGAUGACUCUGGACCAGACGAUGCGAUUACGCAGCCAACCAAUCGAGGCAACAAGAUGCGGGCAAACGCAAAGUAUGUUCGCGAAGGAGCGCUAGGAUAUGUUAAUGCUGAAGAUCUCUAUAAGGAGAGCAAAAUCAGACUGACGGGUAUGGCCAUUUGUGUUGGGCAGAAAAUUGAGCAUGCUGGCUAUACGCGCCAUAUUUUGCGCCGGAAUCCCAUUCGCUAUGAUUCCGAGGGAGAGGAGCUUGAUGAGGAGGACGAAGAUUCCGAGGCCGACGCUGCGGCCGCAGAGGAUAAUCCAUUUUCGGGAAUUGCGUUAGAAACGCUGCUAUGCCCAUUGAAACACCCGUCCGAACUACCGGUUCACCCCUCACUAUCCCAUGCAUAUACGUCACGCGCGCUUGAACAAAUGACAGAUGCUGUGGAAGAGAAAUUGAGGCAAGAGAAGGCGCUCUUGUGGCGAGCAAGAAAUCUACAUCGAAGAUUCCUCGGAGAUGGGACGUGGAUGCCCUGUGGCGUAGUGGAGACGGCCGACGAUCGUCAUAUCUUCGAAGCGCAGCUGAGAGAUGAUCAUCGCAUUGUGCCCGUCAACGAAUACAGUCAGGAUAGCCUUGCGUCUCGAGAGGCUAGUCCAGCAGCGAACGGGCAGCCCUCACAACAGGCGGACGCGGGCAACUUUCAAGGCGAGACAGGUGACGUGGAGAUGGGAGAAGACUCGGCGACGACCGGCGGGCCAGCAGCGAAUACCAGUAACUCCCAAGAGCCCGUCACACAAUUUAAAUCAGAAGAAAUCGACGAGGGGGUGAAAGACCUACCACAGCACCCAACCGAGGAAACAGGACCCCACGAGAAUGCAUCGUUUGACCGAAACGGCGUCGCCGCGACCCAGCAACCGGCAAUGCCAAGCAACGGCGCCACAACCAACGGAGACUCGCACACACACGCAGAGCACGACGGGGACACGAACGAAGAAGAUGCAGAAAUGCACGAUGGAUCUUCACCAGAGCCCCCACGACGAAUGACCACUCGAGCACAAGCAAACGCAAACAACCCUUCCGAUGACGCGCACUCAUCGGCGCUAUCACAUGAUCUAGACCAUCUUCAGAACGCGCCUCACCCUCUCUUCAUGAUCCCAGAGACCGUCCGCCCCGACGCAAAUUUCGGCCUUCCUGCCAACGAGGCGGAAGAAACGCGGCGCUUACUAUGGUCAUACAUCCAAAAGCAGGAAGAAACGGUGCGCGGCUUCGAGCACAUGCUGGAAUGCCUCCUUCGAGCCGCACACAUGAAAGCCAACGUCAUGGAAUGGUGCAAGGCAGAAGGCCACGUUGGCGAGAUGAGCGACGGGGAGGACUGGUACGAUCGUGAAAAAUGGGGACUUGCCGAGGGCGAGGAUCUCAAAAAGGGCACGGACGAGGAUGAAGUCGAGACAGUUGACGAGAGUCGGACAACGGCAAAGAGAGGCCGCGGACGACGGCAAUAG